AUGUGGACCAACUACCCAGUCAGCAUCUGCUUCAUAGUGGUGAACGAGUUCUGCGAACGCUUCUCCUACUAUGGCAUGAAAGCGGUGCUCACGCUUUACUUCCUCACCUACCUGCACUGGGACAAGGACCUCUCCACCGCCGUGUACCACGCCUUCAGCAGCCUCUGCUACUUCACCCCCAUCCUGGGAGCGCUCAUCGCUGACUCCUGGCUCGGAAAGUACAAGACCAUCAUCUACCUGUCCAUUGUCUACGUGAUCGGACAUGUGGUGAAGUCGGUUGGAGCCAUUCCCACCGUGGGGAGCAGCGACGUGCACAUCGCUCUGUCCAUGGUAGGUUUGAUUCUCAUUGCUUUCGGCACCGGAGGAAUCAAACCCUGUGUAGCGGCUUUUGGUGGAGACCAGUUUGACGAGGAACAUGGCAGCGAGAGGCAGAAGUUCUUCUCCAUUUUCUACAUGUCGAUUAACGCUGGGAGCCUCUUGUCCACUGUGAUUACACCAUUACUGAGAAGUGAUGUGCAGUGUUUCGGUGGAGACUGCUACGCUCUGGCCUUCGGGGUUCCUGCAGCUCUGAUGAUCGUGGCUUUAGUUGUGUUCACUGUUGGCAGCGGGAUGUACAAGAUGUCUCCUCCCCAGGGAAACAUCCUGCUGGAAGUUUGUAAUUGCAUCGGGUUUGCCAUCAAAAACCGCUGGAAGAGAUCAAAGUAUGACUCUCAGAAGAAACACUGGCUGGACUGGGCUGAGGAGAAGUACUCGAAGCGUCUGAUCCAGGAGAUUAAGAUGGUUCUGCGUGUGUUGGUGCUCUACAUCCCACUGCCGAUGUUCUGGGCUCUGUUUGAUCAGCAGGGUUCCCGCUGGACGCUGCAAUCCACCAGGAUGAACAUGGCUUUUGGAGAUUUCUUCACCAUUCAGCCAGACCAAAUGCAGAUGUUGAACGCUCUGCUGAUUCUCCUCUUCGUGCCCAUCUUUGACCUCAUCAUAUAUCCGCUCAUUGGCCUUUGCAAGAUUAACGUCACGCCUCUGAGGAAGAUGGCCGUAGGGAUGAUUUUUGCAGCGUUGGCCUUCGGAGUGGCCACUCUGGUGGAGAUCGACGUUGUGAAAUCGGUGGUGGAUCCUGCUCCGGCGGGGAAGUGUCUCCUGCAGGUGUUUAACCUGGCGGAGGGUGAUGUGAGUCUGAUGAUCCCCGGCAGCGAUCUGUUCAAAGAGCCGAUCCCAAACCUCCAGGACCCUGCUCAAUACGAGACACUUCCUGCAUCCGGAGAGGAUCUGCAGUUUCAAGUCACCUUCAACGGGAACACCUCCGAGUGUAAUCAUACGUUCCUUCAACGAGAGGCGUACAGUCUCAUCCUGUACCCAGACGCUGCUGGAAUACAGUGCAAUGUGGUCAGUGACUACAUAAAGAAAAAUGAUAAUGGGAAACCCCUCCUCAGGUUCCUGAACACGCAGCCGGAGGCGAUCAACACAACUAUUGGAGAAGUGUCUUUCUAUCUGCCCUCGGAUUACAGCAUGUCUCUAAAUGAGACUGUGGAUCGGGGAGAAUAUCCGGCCGUCAGCUGCAGCUCAACUUCAGGGAAAUGCUCAGAACUGAACCUCGGCCUGCUGGACUUUGGAGCUUCCUACACCGUCAUACUCAUGGAGGCAUCAGGUCAAAUUGUGGCUCACAGGAUGGAGGAUGUGAAAGCUAACAGCGUGCACAUCGCCUGGCAGAUCCCUCAGUACGUCCUCCUCACCAUAGGAGAGGUCAUGUUCUCCAUCACUGGCCUGGAGUUCUCCUACUCUCAGGCUCCGGCCAACAUGAAGUCUGUGCUGCAGGCCGGCUGGCUGCUCACCGUGGCGUUCGGAAACGUGAUCGUGCUGAUCGUGGCCGAGGGAGCGGGACUGGACCAGUGGAAAGAGUUCCUGCUGUUUGCCGGGCUGCUGCUGGGCGUCUGCAUCAUCUUCUCCAUCAUGGCGAACUUCUACACCUACGUUGACCCCGAUCAGCUGGACAAGACUCGCAUGGAGGACUCAGGGAGGGAGGAAGAUGACGAUGACGAGGACCACGUGAAGAAGAAGUCUAAUGACGUAAAGCUGAACAAAAGAGGAAAGAGCACCAGAUUGUAACGGUGCUGCUUUACAAACUCCAACUUUUACCUGUAGCUGAUUUCAAAACGAUGGAUGAUUUAUGUGAACGUUUUUAUCUGUUAUAUUUUUUUAUUUUAAGGUACUUUUUUGUCUGGUAAUGAAGAUGUGAUCGUUGAACAUUUAUUGUGUUUAGAAAGUAAUGUAUUCGUUUGUCACAACAUAUAAAAUAUUGUGUCAAACGUUUUUUUUUUAACAUCCAGUCACUUAAAAAUGUUUAACAGGAAAGUAUUUUCAUGAAAUAGUGUUUUAAAGAGGAGAAGUCCUGUGUGAUUUCCCGCACCGUGAUCAAUAGUGUUAUUAUAAAUGAAUGUCAAAUAUUAUGUUUAUAUUUGUUGCGUAUCGCUCCAUGAAGCUAAAUAAUAAUAUUCUUUAACAGAGGUUCAGUUUACAUUGUGUGUUUGUAGCAAUGAUAUUUAAAGGACCAUUGCACCUGGUGGUUUUGCAUGUUUAGAGGCCUUUCAUUUAAAAUGCAGUCAGUAACCUUAGUGUUGAUGUGCUGCCAUAUAAGUCAGAAACAAUCUUAAAUCAUGAUUAUGUUUAACUUUAAUGCGUCAAAAUCAUCAUACAUUUUCCUUUUGCCUCUAUCACUGAUUAGAUUUUCUGAAACAAAGCUCAUCAGUGCCAAAUAUGAGAUGUGACAGCAUAAUUUUAACACAUUAAGGAAGUUCCUAGCUACUUGCACUAACACAUUACAAUAUUUUUCAUUAAAAAAAACAUGCAAAACCAACAGUAUUGUCCUUAGAAAGACAAAAAAACAUGUGAUUUAAUUUUGUUUCACUCUGGGAAUUGUUAAUUAUGCUGCUCCCUAUACAAGUCUGUAAAUAUAAUGUGAUGCUAAUGCUUUCUUUGCCUUUUGAAAUGUUAAAGAUUAAAAUGUGCAUUGUACAUUUGAAUACAAUUUUGUACUGCAAGAAA